AUGUGUCAGAAUGACAAGCAAGAUCCAGGGGGCAGUGUAGACAAAAGAGCAAAAGGUAAGGCCAACCCUGGGAAAGCAGCAGGAAAGAAAACAGUGACUUCUUCACCUAAGCCCAGGGUGAAAGUCACACCACAGACUCCUGCCCCUAAAACAGCCCACACAUACUUGACUCAAGUAGUGGACAAAGGAAAGUUUCAGAAGGUGGGUGAGACUCUGACCAUUCGAGCGGGAGACACUCUGGAAUUGAGAUGUAAGGGCAACCCUGUCCAGUGGGGUGUCCCCUACUACCUGGAAGAGGAGGACGAAGGCAGACUCAGGAUUGUUCAGCACGAGCGCUACGGCACUUUGAUUUUAGCUAACGCAACAGGAGCAGACACAGGAGAAUACACCUGUUAUCCAAUGUACUGUGAGGACAAAGACUGCAGGAAGGAAUAUGACAAAGCUGUCAAAGUUUUCAUCUUUUUCCCUGACCCUCAGGAGCUGUUUGUGCCCUCGUCUGAUUACUAUGAGGUCAUCCAGCUGCGAACCAACUGGCCAACUGUUCUGCCGUGCCAGGUGACCUCCCCUCAAGCGAAGGUGACCCUACACCGCGAAUUUCCACCAAUGGAAAUAAAGGUGGACGGUACAGAGAUCUCUUUUGACGUCAAACGGGGCUUCACCAUCCACAGGCCCAAACAGUACCAUGCAGGUUCGCUAUAUUGUGUGGCCAGCCUUGGAAACCUCCGACAGAGCUCAACCAAAUAUAUGCUCAUCUACGUUAACUAUCCUGCUGCUCCACCGGCUCCAGUGAUACGAGCCUCAAGUGAUGCAGUGCAUCUGGGAGGCAACCUGCAGGUUACAUGCACUGUGGUGGGUGAGCGGGAUGUGGCUGUUGAUUUCACCUGGGAGUACCCUGGACAGCAGAUUGGACGACCUCUUUAUACCCAAGACAGCGUGAUACCAGUCCAGGUGGCUGGGCGUGGCAAUCAGCAGUCCCAGACAGUGCUGCUGGUGGAUGAGGUUAGGGAGGUGGAUCAAGGCACCUACACGUGCACCGCCCAAAACCUGGAGGGUUCCCGCUCUGUCUCCACCACUGUCAAAGUACUACCAGCUCGCACCAUAACCAAGCCAAAAAAACCAUAA